AUGAUGGUGGACCGUAACCUCGCGAUCAAGCUGACAGACUUUGGCUUCGCCACGCAGCUUGAUCGCAACGAGACAUGGACUAGCGGUGUCUUUGCCGCGAUAAACUACGUCGCUCUUGAGAUUCUGGAUUACUCGGCGGCUCGAUGGUACGGCUUGGCUGUUGAUAUCUGGUCCGCCGGCAUCGUCUUACACAUCUGUCUUUGCGGCUUUCCACCUUUUAGCGAUGAGCUAUUGUCGCCGGAGAACCCUUACGCAUUGGUUGAGCAGAUCAAGCUGGGUCGUUUCGAUUACCCUUCGCCUUACUGGGACGCUGUUGGAGAUGCUGCACUCGAUCUCAUCGACCGUAUGAUGACGGUGGACGUUACUCAGAGGGUCACUAUUGAGCAGUGCAGACUGCACCCUUGGAUGUCCCCGGGCUACUCGCCGCUGUCGACAAGUUUCCCAUGCUACGGCUGCGGGAGGAAUGUUGAGGACAAACCGCCACAUCGAUGUUUGCUGUGCGAUGAUUCUGAGCUUUGCCAGGAGUGCUUGAAAGCGUCGGAUGCUGUAUGGACUCACCACCAUCUUAGGUCGGAUUUCUAUCUUGCAGACCAAGCGGCUGAGAAAAGGCGAUUGCGGAAGAUCGACUAA